AUGAACCUUCAAGACUUCCUAGCAAUGGAGGCAAGCCGUGAGCGCGACGAGUUAAUCGACCUCCGCAGCCUGGAUUUAGUAUCUGAGUACGACUCCCACCUUAUGUGUCCGAUCUGCCACUGUCCCUUCGUCGAACCCGUCCGUCUAGAAUGCGACCAUGUCUUCUGUGGGAGCUGCCUCAGCUCGGCGAUUACCACCUUCCGCUCGACCGACUCCGAUGAAUUCCCGUGUCCCUCUUGCCGAAAUCCCACCCAGACAGUGUCGGUUAGCGUGCCCCGCCUGCUGAUCAACAUGUGCGACGAGAUUCGGGUGCGAUGCCCGCUGAUUACAGAGGGCUGCCAAGAGAUUAUACCCCGAGGUCAUGUCCAGUCGCAUGUCGAGAAGUACUGCGGGUACAGGCUGGUACCAUGCCCGGAUGAUUCAUGUGAGCAGAUGACACGAAGCAAGGACGUUGGGAUGGAUCGGAAGUGUAUACAUGCAGUACGGCGAUGCUCUCGUUGCGAAGAAGAUGUUUUAGAGCAGGAAUAUAAGGAGCAUGAGAAAGAGCUCUGUCCUGUUCUUGAGGUCAUGUGUGAUGACUGCCAGACAGUUCUCACCAGAGGAGCGCUAAGAGAACACAUUGAAACAUGCUCUGAGGUUCCGAUCCCAUGUGCAGCAUCCAAGUAUUCAUGCCCGGUUAAGAUCCGACGAGCAGACAUGGAAAUGCAUGAGCAGAGCUGUCCCCUAGUCGCAAUGGGUCCCUACUUCGAAGCACAAAAUUCCCGGCUCAACUCUCUCGAAUUAAGUAUGCGACAUCUGCAGCAGCGGAAUGAGAUCUUUGAGGAUGGCCUCGCAAACAUCCGGUCCACCCUUGGUGAAUCGACACGCAUAGCUAUGAACAACCAUGACGAUGGAGAGACUGCCCAAGCCGGCAGGGACCAGCAAGCCUCCACUCGCACCGACAUCAAUACGGAUGACCCGGCAGAUAUUGCUGCCAGUGUAUUCUCAUCCAAUGCCACAACAUAUCUACUUUCGCUACACGAAUCUCUCCGCGAAGAGGUCAGCCAGCUCUCACAUGCUAUCACAGACCUCGAUGCUCGCGCCAGCAUGGCUAUUAUGACUGAAUGCAUGCGCAUCAAAGAAGACAUGGCUCACACCAACGCUGCAGUCAACAGCAUGCGUAUGCAGGUGCAGUGGCUCAUGAAUCCUCGCCUCCACCAGGAAGCGCGGGGAGGAGCUGUCCGCACUGCCGCAGAUGAAAGAACGUCCGCAGCCGGGCCAAGUCAGGCCUCUGCUCACCCCCUAGGUCCCCUUCGACCCCGACGUCCCAGUGAUGGUGGACGCGAGGGAACAAAGCUGUGA